GCAGCCGGCAGACGUGCUUUCCUAUCCUCUUGCCGCUACACGGAACCGCAGCGCAUUUUUCUACUACCGUUUUUCACUUGUCAUUUCUUUUUUGUUUUUUUUGCGAACGACCUUGCACGCGUCUACCGUGUAACGUUACGUGCAUUUCUCGUUUUGUUUAAACUGAACGGCUAUUUUUUUUUUUUUGAAAUCUCGGAUCAAAGUGCUAUCAUCAAAUUCGGUGUUCGAAUUAAGAUCGUGGUGUGUGGGAGAGGCGACAUGGCAUUCGGAGAAAGUGCACGUCAAAACACAAUCAGCAUCGGUGAUGGGUCAUCCAUCGUCCAUCACACGGUGAAAAGUGAAAUUCUGAGCCGCUGUCCAGCCGGUUCACCAUUGGCUGCGCUGGUUAAAAACUUCAAUAAAGGAGCACGAAGCAAUCACGGAAUGAGAUGGUGCCCAUCGACGGACACCAAAGGACGGGACGGCCAUUCGUUCGCCUACAUUUUGCACUACUUGAGUACGGGCGAUCUGAUCUACCCACUUCACGAAGGCUUCCAUCGAGUCGAUGUUCUGCUCAAGGAGUUGACCUUCUUCGGUCUGGUGGAGGACGUCAUCCGCUACGCAACGCAGGAGGGAUCGGCGCGCAGUAAGCAAAACAGAAGACGAUCUAUCCUGUUCACGACUCGCGACACGGACCGCAAAGUGGAGACGCUACCCAAACGACUGCCAAUGGCCAAAUGCCAAAGCAUCCAGGAUGUGCACUUCAUCGGCGGCUGUUCGCUGGGCAGAGUGUCGGGCGUCGAAGCCGUCCAAAGCGUCAGCAUGUCCGACCUGAACACGGAACACGAGUGCGAAAUUAGAGAGCAACCGUCGACGGACAAAUGCAGCCGGACGACAAACACCCAACACGCUCAUCGCUUCCUCAACGCAAUCAAACGCUAUUUGAGUCUCAAAUCAUCCGGAUCGAGCCAACGUCAAAAUGGAAAUAAACGACAGUCAGACGGACCGAAUAAAUCAGCCACCCUGUGGAGCCCACGGCAAGUCAACACAGCCGGCGGAGGCGGAGGAGGAGGAGGAGGAGUGUUCCGACCUAGUUCAGCAAGAGGAUCGACUUUAAUCCUAAUCGCAACGCCGGAUAAUGUAACCGUUUUCGGACAACGACCUCAAUUAGAAUUAAUGCUUCCGGAUUUCCCCAUCGAAGCAUUGCGCAGCUUCAGCUCGGCGUUUAUCGACAGUAAGCUCGUGUACCAGCCGGACGAUAAUUCCAGCAGCGGAGACGUGGACGGCUACUCUUCCUCAUCUUUUACGUCGGGCUCAUCGUUACCCAAGCGGGCCAGUAGCAGCACGGGUAGCGAAAGUACUGCUACCAGCGUUCCCAGCAGUGCCCAUUCAGAUUUGCUCGUCCGUCUCUACCAGCGGCACAUCCAACCGCUGGGAUUCGCAGUCACCGUCCAGUCACACUGGCGUGCAAUCGACUCGUUAGAGAUUCAUCACCAGUGGCUAUUGCACAAGAAACACAGCUCGAAGCAGUCGAACGGAACGAGCAGCGGAAGGAGGAGACACACCCACGCCGGAAUGGCUCCCGCCAUGUCAGCCACAACCAUCAACCAAACCUCCGUGACGCGAAGAGCAUCCGUACUACAACGCCUUUUCAACAAGAGCGCCCUUACGUUACACACAGACCUCUAAACAUGCAAUUAGCUGAUUGAUCAACUAACCAAUUCUAAAAAGAGGGAAAAAAAAUAAACAUUACUAUUUUUUUCCCCCCAAACUUUCCCCAUACCCGACCCCAUGUUGAUAGUGUACAAAAAUUCGAUAUAUUUUAAUGAAAAGGAAGCCCUUGAUGAUAUAUUAUCAAGGGCAAAUACUCGAUUAGCCACUAACGUCGCAAUAAAUGUUGUACGAAAAAGAGGAAAAAAAAAGUAAACGGC